AUGCCUGGAUACCUCGCGCUGCCCUUGAGGCAUGGGGACCUCCGUACCUCAAUUUACUUUCUACCUUCAUCUCUAUGGCUCCACGCUCAGAUACUCGUGCAGCCCAGCCCACAACGUCUGGGUUGGGUGUUCAGUUUGUCAUGUCAGUCCAUGGAAACCAAGGAACAAACGCAAAACCCAGACGCCAAAUUGGCAACUCUCCUCGCAGGAAAACUAAAUUCUGAACAAACGACCACAUGCCAGCUGGACAUGUUACCUACCGCUGUCUCGUCUGAGGAGAACAUGCCUGCCGAUGCUUGCGAGGACUUGUUUCUCUUUGAAGAUGAAGUCCCACCGCUUACUGAGCCUCAAGACUCGAUUCCACCGCUGAACACCUCUGAGUUCAUUCCAAAUCGCCGCAUUCUACCUGACAUCGCUGCCGCACGAUUAUAUGACACUUGGAAGAUACUGAUACCCACUCUCGUCGAUGUUCAGCUCGAGUAUACUCAGAGGACCGUUGGAAAAUUUGUCGAGCGACCUCCGACGAUUCUGUCUGCAUGUCACUCGCAGAAGUGUGCACAGAAACGCACAACUAUGAUUGGCUUGUUCUUCGAUGGCUUCACAACCCUCGACAUUUUGAGUUGCAGAUGUGCUACCGCACCUCAAGUCCUGGUUCUUCACAGUUUAUUCCCAACUUCCCCCUCCCAGCCAUGCAUGGCAGUAUCUACUGAGCUACUCACCUUCUAUCGAACACUCUUUGAGCGCUCAUGUGAUGCUGUGAAUGCUCUCGCAUCUGCCCUGCACACACACUACAUCCGCAGAGGUUUCCGCAUGACGAAUGCUAAGGGUGAAUUUAUCCAAGAACCUUUCUGGCAAAGUCUCGGUCAAGCUAUCUUAUGGUUUGAUGUCUUACAGGUGGAGCUCGAAUCCCAGCUAGAAUGCGCUGUUCAAGCAAGCCGAGACUUGGUAGAUGCCUCUCGAGAUCCCCCAGAGCAUCCCGCAUCAUAUGCGCCCACUGUAGACGUGGUUCCGCGUGAGCGCUGUGCCACAAUCCUUCUUCAGCGUUGUCCUGCUUGUUUUGGGGGGGUCUCAUUUGGAAGGCAGCUGGAAGAAGGUGGAGAUAUUCAUGUUGCUACUGAUGGGAACUUCCAUCAUCGACAUCGGCGUUCAGCAGGCGAUUCACCCCAUUUUUAUGAUCCCUCUUACUUCUUACCUAAAGCUCAGGUUGAUGACAUUGGGCGUCAUAUUGAUCGGAGUCGCAAGUCUGCACUGAAACCGCAUGCACCACUUGUACCCCAUGAGGCCAUUGACUUAUGCGAGAAUUCAUAUGAAGCUGCCGAUGGAAAGAAGCAAAAAGCAGCCAUGGAUAGCUUCGAUGACACGGGAGUCAUGGCAUUAAUAUGUCGCCACAACAUUCCCCUCUUCUUUGCAAACAUCGACACUCCAGGCGAGCAGCAGAAAUACGCCGUCGCCCUUAUUGAUCACCUUUUUGUGUUAUUACCUCGAAGUGCAACAGUUGUCACUCUGUAUGACGUGGGAUGUGUUCUCUCACGAUCAUUAAGUCAGUACAACAUACUUCCCGAAGCUGUGACAAAGCGCUUGCGAUUUGCAACAACGGCCAUGCAUGCCUAUGGCCACGAAUGGUCGUGCCAACUUGUUCACAACCCACGCAUAUGCAAAGGCCUUGGCCUUUCAGACGGAGAAGGCACCGAGAGGCUAUGGUCAAGAUUUAUCCGCUUGAUAGGUAUUCAGCGCUCCUCAUCUAGACAGUCUGCUGCCAUCGGUCUUGAGAUGCGUGCUGACCUCAGUGAUUGGAUCCGGCAUUGCCUUAAGCGGGGAAUUCAUGAACAAGGGACAGCUGCACAGACCACGCUGAGUGAGUGUGAUGCGACGAUUGAAGAUCUGCGACAUCAAUGGGCUCUGCAGCGACAGUCACAGUUGUCCAUCCGUGCUCAUGCUCCUGCUCGGCUCAAGAAAGAGCUGGACACCGUGUUUGCCCUACAAGGUGACCUCGAUGCCUCUGACAAGGCUCUUCAAGCAACAAGUGAGGUUAUUACAAAGGGAAAUGUAUCCCAACGCACACUCGAUGCGAUCGAGAGCCUCGAACGAAGUCACCAAUGCCUCAUGGACAAAGUUGAUGUGUUAUAUGCUUCCCUCAACGUUCAUGACAAGUUCCCCGAGCUGGAAGGAAUAAACAUCAAAUUUGUUUGGACACUUCUCUUGGCACGCGACCUCAAGAUCAACAUUCAGAAGCAUGCAAUUGGAAGCUUCUUUGAAUGGGACAAGCUCGAUCAUGCCGUUGGUGGCACACAACAAGCAUUAGGGAUGAAACUUCACCAGCAGACCCAAAAGGCCAUAUCGAAGCGACAACCAGCCUUGCUGGCCGCACUACGUAAAUUCAAUGGAUACUGCGAACGCCUCGAAGAACUAUACGAACCAGGCUGUGGUAUUCCUCUUCCAAUGCCUCUCCCCACCAAGCUGAAUGAACUCCGCAAUGAUCAAACACUGAUGGAGGAUAUUUGGAUCACACCUUCAGUUGGGGAGGUUCCUCGUUGGCUGGAUGAUCAGGAUAUUCGUGAUGGGAUAUGCGCUAUGUUAAGCGCGAUAGAUGCAUCGAGGAGCAGCGACGUCUUGGGCUAG